AUGCCGCCGGCAACGCAAAAGCGCAAGGCCGGCUCGGGCACCGCCAGGGCCGUCCCCGCCAACGAUGACUUUGUCAUGACCCUCGACACCGACGACGAGGUAUCCGACCUCGAGGCCGACAAGCCACCGGCCCUCGGCGGCGACGGCACUCCGGGCGAUGACAGCGACAACGGCGGCGGCGACGACCACGACGGCAACGAGGCACGACCGCAGCAGGCCAAAAAGCACAAGGCCCAGCUAAAGGGCCGCGAAAAGAUCCGCGAAGACGUCAGGCCCGCCCCCAACGCCGCAAAGCGGUCAAAGUCCAACAGCAGGGCGUCCAACGCCAAAGAGGACGGCCUCGACCUCGACGCCAACUUUGAGUUUGACGUGUACGGGGACAAGGCCGCCUAUGCGCAGGGCCAGGACUGGGACAUGUCCGUCAGCGGCGUAAAGGCGGGCAACCGCCUCAGCGUCGACGACAUCAUCGAGAAGCGGAGAAAGACGCGGCCAGAGAUCAAGCUGCCAGAGAUCGCCGUCGAGGAAGAGCAGGGUGUGGAGGAGGAGGAGGAGGAGGAGGACCAGGGCGAUGGCAGCGAGGACGACGUCGACUUUGCCCAGAUCGACGACGAGGAAGACGACAGCGACGCCGACCAAGACGCCUUUGGCGCAGGCGCGAGGGCAAAGCAGCGCGCCUCGGCCGCAGAGCAGGCGUCGGAAGAUGAGGAGGACGACGACGACGACGACGACGACGACCAGGACGAGGCCGACGAUGACGACGAUGACGACGACGAGUCGGCCUCUUCCGACGAAGAAGAGGACGACGACGACGACGAAAAGGAGACCGAGGUGCAAAAGGCCAAGAAGGCGGCCUACUUUGCCACCGAGGACUCGGUCAAGGCGGCGGCGGGGGGCAGCGGCAAGAAGGGCGCCGCCUCGGCCAAGAACGGCGCCGCAGGCCCGGCAGAGGACGUGACGUUUGCCUCGCUGUCGCUCUCGCGGCCGCUGCUGCGCGCGCUGUCGACGCUCUCGUUCCACCAGCCCACGCCGAUCCAGGCGCGCACCAUCCCGCUGGCGCUGGCGGGCAAGGACCUCGUCGCCGGCGCCGUGACGGGAAGCGGCAAGACGGCGGCCUUCAUGAUCCCCAUCCUCGAGCGGCUCAGCUACCGCGCCAAGGGCGCCGACGAGGCCAAGAGCCGCGUCCUGGUGCUGGCGCCGACGCGCGAGCUGGCGAUCCAGUGCUACAGCGUGGGCAAGGAGCUGGCCAAGUUUAUGGACGUCCGCUUCUGCCUCUGCGUCGGCGGCCUGUCGCUCAAGUCGCAGGAGGCCGAGCUCAAGCUGCGCCCCGAGGUCAUCAUCGCCACGCCCGGCCGCCUGAUUGACCACACGCGCAACUCGGCCUCGUUUUCGCUCGAGGACAUCGAGAUCCUCGUCAUGGACGAGGCCGACCGUAUGCUCGAGGACGGCUUCGCCGACGAGCUCAACGAGAUCGUCAAGGAGUGUCCAAAGGGCCGCCAGACGAUGCUCUUCUCGGCCACCAUGACCGACGACGUCGAGCAGCUGGUCCGCCUCAGCCUGCGCAAGCCCGUCCGCCUCUUUGUCGACCCCAAGCGCACCACGGCCAAGAAGCUCAUCCAGGAGUUUGUCCGCGUCCGAGGCGCUGCUGCCGGCGGCGCCGUGGCGGGCAGCCAGGGUCUGACGGCCGCCAGCGGCGACGGCGAUGGCGAUGGAGCUGGAGCCGGGGCUGGAGCCGGGGCCGGAGGCGGAGCGAGCAAGGCGGCGGCGUCGUCGUCCACCGGAUCCGGAGGGCGGGUCAGCCAGCAGCGGAGCGAGGAGGCGCAUCGGCCCGCGCUGCUGCUGGCGCUGUGCACGCGCACCUUCACCUCGCAGGUCAUCAUCUUUGUGCGCUCCAAGAAGCUGGCGCACCAGCUCAAGAUUGUCUUUGGCCUGGUCGGGCUGGCGGCGGCCGAGCUGCACGGCGACCUGUCGCAGGAGCAGCGGCUGUCUGCGCUCGAGUCGUUCAAGGAUGGGCGGGCCGACUUUCUGAUCGCCACCGACCUGGCGUCGCGCGGCCUCGACAUCCGCGGCGUCCAGACCGUCAUCAACUACGACAUGCCCGGCCAGUUUGAGCAGUACCUGCACCGCGUCGGGCGGACGGCGCGCGCCGGGCGCAACGGCCGCGCCGUGACGCUCGUCGGCGAGGCGGACCGCAAGAUGCUCAAGCUGGCGCUCAAAAAGUCGCCCGAGGACCAGGUCAAGCACCGCCUCAUCCCGGCCGAGGUGGUGCAGGCCAUGGUCGAGACGCUCGACAAGCUCAAGCCCGAGGUCGACGAGGUGAUGCGCGAAGAGGUCGAGGAAAAGGCCAUGCGCCAGGCCGAGAUGGAGAUCAAGAAGGGCGAAAACAUUGUCAAGCACCGCGACGAGAUCAUGAGCAGGCCCAAGCGCACCUGGUUCCAGACCGAAACGGAAAAGGAGGCCGCCAAAGACGUGUCCAAGGCCGAGUACGAGUCCAAGUCGAGCGCAAAAGGGCGGGACAAGUACGCCGGCCUGUCGCGCAAGCGCAAGCGAUCGCGCAUGAUGCGCGACGAGCUCGAGCGCGAGGCCAAGGAGGAAAAGGCGGCGGGCAACCGCCCCUCGGCCGUCAACCUGGGCGGCAUCGACGCGUCGAUCCGCGCCGCCAAAAAGGCCAACCGACCCAAGGCGCUCGGCGUGGCCGAGCCCGGUAUCCAUGCGGCCAACAAGGCGGCCAGGUCCAAAAAGGGCGGCGGCGGUGGCGGCGGUGGUGGAAAGGCAAAGAGCUCAACGCAGAAGAAGGUCGCGGCGUCCGCGGGAGGAGGAGGUGCGGCGGCUAAAGGUAGGAAGGGCAAGAGCAGCUUCGCGAGGGAUCUGGGCGAGAGGAAGAGGCGGUGA